AUUGGCUGAGACGCGCCGCGGUGACGGGGCUGGUGAAGAGCUGUGUCACCUGGAGCACUGUGGACACUUCCUGGAUGUGCGGCGUCUGGGAGAGCAGACUUGAUCCACUAUGGCGUCCUACUUUGAUGAACACAACUGUGAGCCCACAGUCCCUGAGGAGCAGUACCGUCAGAAUGCCUUAUUAGAGUUGGCCAGGAGUCUUCUUAGUGGGAUGGAUAUUGACAUCGGAGGUAUGGAUGUAACAGACUGGGACCAUAGACUGCCCCCGCCGGCUGCCAAAAAAGUGGUAGAAAACUUGCCAAGAGUUACGGUGUCUGCAAAGCAAGCAGAUGCCGGCCUGAAGUGUCCGGUGUGUCUGCUGGAGUUUGAGGAGGAUGAGACGGUGCGGCAGCUGCCCUGCGAACACCUCUUCCAUUCCGCCUGCAUCCUGCCCUGGCUUGGAAAGACAAAUUCCUGUCCGCUGUGCAGAGAUGAACUGCCUACAGAUAGCCCAGAAUAUGAAGAAUACAAACAGGAGAAGGCAAGAAGACAGCAGAGAGAACACAGACUGGAGCAUCUCCAUGGAGCCAUGUACACAUGACCUCCCUUCAUACUGGUCUAACGCGUCUUACACACCACUGGAGCUUCCAGCGCAGCUAGAACAGGUCCCCGGGCGGCUGCACCCAGCGGAGCUCAAACAUGGCAUUCCGUCUGAGGCCAGAUCUGGGAACAUCAUAUGUUUUAUUCAGUCUUCUGAAUUUUUUAUUUUUUUUAUUCAAAAUUCACCCCUUCCAGAAAUCGGAGUAGUGUUUUAUAUAAAGUGACACAGGGAUGGGUAAUAAUAAAGUGACCCGGCUGUUGUCUA